AUGAUUUGGCUUGCGGUGCUCUGUGCGGUGGUCAGUUUCCUUCUGCUGACGUCACUGCCCAACCGAUGGCACAGCGACGUGGAUCUGUCGCCGGUGGUCACUCCCGUGGCUGGAGUCAAUGAUACGUCGGGUUAUAAAGGCCUAGAUCAGCAGGUACGCAGUCUUGAGCGGUUCAAACGGCUUUCCCCCGAGACGCGGUGUCGAGCCUAUUUUGAAAGACUAGCGCCGUUGCCUACCAGUUUUGAACUGAUUGAUAAUGUCACCGAAGUGAUUACCGCCACUCGGAUCUAUAACCGAUGCUAUCUUGAUGGUUAUAGUCUGGAAAAGCCACUGCGGGGACUCGAAAAGACCGUCUACCCGUGGAUCACCGGGAAAGUGCCCCACGUGGAGAACUGGCAACGAGAAGUGGUCAGGGAGUUUCCUCCGGUACCAACCGAUGAAACGUUUUGGCCUCAUUGGCUUAACCAGACCGAGGGGAGAGGUAUUGUCAUUACUCUUGGUGACCGCCACAUGCACGACUUGGCGGGGCUUAUCCGAGUGCUCAGAGUGCUUAACAACACGUUACCCAUCGAAGUGGUCAAUUACGAGCCGAUUUCUAACUAUACCACCCAGUUAAUCGCCUAUCUUGCCACUACUAGUGAUGUCCAGGGCACUCAACAAAGAGUAUCAUUUGUCAAUGCUACCGCCUCGAUAAACCCUAAAUUGGAACACCAGCUAAACGGGUGGGGGCGUAAGACGCUUGCCGUAUUAUUCCUGACAUUUUCCGAGGUGAUGCUUUUAGAUUGUGAUACAGUAUUUGUACAACAGCCACACAAAUUGUUCGACCAUCCGGGGUACGGUGAAACCGGCACGUUAUUCUUUUUAGACAGACUGACGAAUGUGGUGAGAGACAAACACGUGAUGCCCAACUUACAACGGCUGGCACCGCUGGUGUGGGACCAAGUUGCCUUUGAUAUUCCUCCCUGGACCAACCGCACUUAUAAUACCAGUUAUUACAAAUAUGGCCACAACGAGAGGCUUGAAGCUGGCGUGGUGCUUGUGGAUAAGAAACGCAAAUUCUCGCUGAUGUUGAUGACGGCUCAGGGGUUCCGAACCAACCCGUUAACUCAAUGGUCUCACGGAGAAAAGGAAUACUUCUGGCUUGGCCCUACUUUAAAUGGUGACGAAAGCUAUAGCUGGGCGGGAGACCGGGCGGGGAUGAUUGGUCCUCGAAUUUCUGGUGACGAAAGAACCCACCCUCACGAAGAUAUCGUCGAAGUGUGUGGCAUGCAAGUGGCUCAUUUCAUCAAUAAGGAGUUAUUCUGGUUUAACGGUGGGUUCCACGCUAAGGGAGCCAAUAUGAAAGGCGAUUGGACCGAGGAAAUGUGGACUGACCGUGAACGGUAUAAGGAUUUGAAUUUAGAGGAAUUUAUUGAGGCUGGAAAACGUCCGUUUAAAAUUACUCACGGUUUAAUCCCUCCCCACGAUAUCGAAAGAGGCGGCGAGAAAGUGAUGUUUGCCUAUAAUGAGGAUAAUUACCCCAAUGCUGGCCUCCGCAUUUCGUAUAAGCCGUGGCUCUGGUGCGGUUAUUCAGUGCUGGGCAGUGGCGACAAUAGCAUGUAUGGUACUGUUAUUGAGAUGACGGAAGACCAGACCCGGUGGUACGAUUUUAUCGGUAGAGUCUGGGACGACAAGUACGUGCCCAAGAACUAA